AUGCCCGCCUCCGAAGUGACUCCUGAGGCCGCGGUGGUGGCGGCUGAUCCCACCGAGCCGUUCGAGCCUCGUCCCUUGAUAUCUGAGGUCCUACGUACUCGCCACUGCAUCCAGGGCUCCAUAUUCUUGGUGGAAGGUAUCGAUGCACACCUGGCCGUUUCUAAACGCUACCGAACCGUCCGUCUGCUCUUGGGUGAUGGGGAGCUAUGCAUCCAGGCGCUACUCCGGUCAGAAAUGCACCGGUUUGUGGAUAUAGGCCGCAUCUUUGUGGGAUGCUACGUGCGACUGAGCAGCUUUAAUGUGCAGUCGGUCGCAGUGGACUCGGAUGCCGAUCACGACUCCGAUGGUGCAGUGGAAAUGGUCUAUCUAGUGAUAAAGGAUAUGACCACUGUCGGCUGGAACACUGCAUAUAUGCAGAUGGCUGGGACAACAGGACAGGAGGAAUCGUACACCUCCGUGGGCCCCCAGGGAGAGGAUGUCGAACUCGCCUCUGGCCGACAGAAUCGCAGCAUAGCAGCGACCCGUCCACAAAUUGAUGCACCAGAACUAGACACACCAGACCUCGAAACAACAUAUCCCUCUACGGCAAACAAGGCUGAGGGACCCGAUUCUGAUGAGGAAGAUGCGUUCGAAAGCCGCCAGGUAUCCGAGCAGACGAUCAAGGAACGUCGUCAGGAGGCAGAACUCAGGCAGCAGCCCCUGGGCAAGCCACUAAAGCUUACACCGCUCAAGGCCAUCCCUCACCUGCCCUACAAGCAGAAUUGGGCCGUCAACGUCCUCGCGGUGGUCACCUGGCUCUCCGACGUCGAGCCUGCACUCCUGCCUGGCUACGUCGGAAAGCAGCGCAUGGCGAGGUUGGCCGAUCCUUCGACAGACAAGCAGGUACUCCUAACCGUCUUCCUGGACCCGGACGGGUUCGCCCCGGCUAUCGGCAGCGUUGUGCUACUGCUUGGUGUGAAGAAUCACAGGUUCGAUGGCGGCAGCUUGAAGAAAUACGGGAACGAGAGGCCGAAGCCCGGGACGAAUUGGUGGUUUGAGGAUCCGGCGGAUGUAGGGUGGUGCGACGUGGAGGGCUUGAAGAGUUGGUGGAAGGGGCCACAAGCCGUUACCUCCUGA